CAAAACUGACACGAUGUGCUAUCAGUAUAGGUAAAUUAAGCAUCGAAAAUUACCCCCGUUUGUCAGCAAAUUCUUUGAUUGGCCUUGUUAUCGGUAAAGAUAAGCUGAAAUUGUUCAGUACACCUAGUCUAAGCAAUGUGAUAGUACGCCAGUUAGCAUUCUGUGGCUUUCCGACUCGGUUAUUCCAUUCGUGAUGUAUAUAACGUUUCCACUUUCAUAUCGAUUAACGCCAAAGUAUCCUUAUAAAAACAGAAAGUGAAAAAAGGUGAAUAAAAUGACACAUAACGGAUUUUCAAACCAUCACGAACAAGAGCUUGUAGCAGGCAACAUCGAUGGACACACUAAUGGAAUUCACGAUAAUGAUGACGAAGCUAAAAAUCAUACUAAAUUCGAUACCUUAUGGAACACAAAGAUCUCGAACACUACGUCGUUUAUCAUCGUUUCCAAGUUUCUGGCGGAAUUUUUUGGAACAGCAACGCUCAUGUUUCUCGGCUGUAUGGGCUGCCUGGAUGGUUUUGACAACGUUACAACCAACUUAAGCCGAGGCAUCAUUUUUGGCUUCACCGUUAUGGUUGUGAUCCUCACGUUUGGUGUUGUAUCAGGAGCACAUAUAAAUCCAGUGGUUUCCAUAGCCGCUUACAUCUAUGGUGAUCUUUCUGGCACAAUGGUAUUAAUUUACUUUAUAGCACAAUUCGCCGGUGCUUUAUGUGGUUACGGACUACUCAUGGCUGUUGUUCCGCAAGAUUAUUUUAACCAAGCAUUGGUGGAUGGCUAUGGGAGCUGUGUUACUGCUCCACAUAACAGCCUUACAUCUGCAGGAGCAUUGGCAAUAGAGUUCAUAGUUACAGGAAUCCUUGUAUGGGCAUGUUGUGGAGUUUGGGACCCGCGAAAUGCAGACCAACAGAACUCGGUACCAAUUAAAUUUGCGUUACUGGUAGCAGCCAUCUCGGUUGCAGCUGGUCCUGCCACAGGGGCUAGUAUGAACCCCGCUAGAACACUUUCUCCUUGUAUAUGGAAUAAUAGUUAUCAUAAAAUAUGGAUAUACUUCGUUGGACCACCGUUGGCCGGUGUUAUUAUGCCCAUCGUGUAUAAGUACGUAUUCCGAAGAGAAUCCAACAACAUCAUCGAACAUAUUCCUGCCCCUCCACAAGAACAAGUCUGUGUUUGUAUCCUGCACAAUAAAGAUUCACAUGUUGAAAAAGUUUAAUAGUGAUGAUAAUCAUCAUUUUGAAAAAUGUGAGAAGAUAGUGAGAAUAAGUGUGAAUUUUUAAUUAAAUCACUUGAAAUAUUAUAAAUUCAGUCGAGAGAGAAAGUGUAUGUGCAAAAGGCGUGCAAAUAAAAAAAAUCGA